GUGCGGUCUGAAGUGGCAACAGAUCGCUUUGGAUCACUCAAAUCCCUUCAAUUCAACUGGAAAGCUGCAGCUUGUUGCACGCCGGUCGCAUAUGGAGUGGAGACGCUUUCAAUCCAGAGAAAGCACCAACCAAACAGCGGGCAAAAGUGGCUGUUGUUGUGACAGUUUCCCAGAGCAAAAGAAAGAGAGGGAGAGAAACCACAACACUGCAACUUGAAUAUCAGUCACCGCUCUCUCUCUUUAACUCUCUCACCCACCAUAUCGACUUUGAACCUGUUUGUUUAAAUACACGGACUUUACAGCCUGCACACUUACUGUUGAUUCUGCAAGGCGGAGGGAGCGAAGUUUCUCAAUUUGGGUCAGUUUUUUGGAGCUGCUAAACAUUUUUUGGUGUCCUCAUGGUGCCUGGAGCUGCCGAGGUGAGCUUCUUUUAUCCGAGUUUUUCGGACGUGAUGUUGCGACUGUCACGGACGAUAGAUUCGGGAACUGAGCCGGGGAGGUACUGAAGACAUCUCUCUCCCCCGGGAGAGUCCUCCCUCCCCCCGGGGCGAUGCGGAUCUCCUUCCUCCUUCUCACCGCCUCUCUGUGUGCCUUGGUCCUCCUCCUCGCACCUGCCUCGGAGGGCUGCGGGCCGGGGAGGGGGUACGGCAAGAGGCGGCUCCCGAAGAAGCUCAUCCCGCUUGCUUACAAGCAAUUCAGCCCCAACGUCGCCGAGAAGACCCUGGGAGCCAGCGGGAGACCCGAGGGCAAAAUAACGCGCAACUCCGAGCGCUUUAAAGAACUGACGCCGAAUUACAACACAGAUAUUAUUUUCAAAGAUGAGGAGGACACGGGCGCCGACAGGCUCAUGACCCAGCGUUGUAAAGACAAGUUAAACUCUCUGGCCAUCUCUGUGAUGAACAUGUGGCCAGGUGUUAAGCUGAGAGUGACCGAGGGUUGGGAUGAGGAUGGUCAUCAUUCAGAGGACUCGCUGCACUAUGAGGGACGUGCUGUCGACAUCACCACCUCAGACAGGGACAAAAAUAAGUACGCCAUGUUGGCCCGGCUGGCUGUCGAAGCUGGAUUUGACUGGGUCUACUACGAGUCCAAAGGCCACAUUCACUGUAGUGUCAAGUCAGAACAUUCUGUGGCAGCCAAAACCGGUGGCUGUUUCCCUGGUAAUGCUCAGGUUAUCCUUGAGGGCGGGGCUACUAAACAGAUGCGAGACCUUCACCCUGGCGAGCACGUCUUGGCCUCUUCAAUGACAGAUGGUCACGGGCCCCUUCUCUACAGCCCGGUCUUAUCCUUUCUGGACCAUCAGCCCAACGUCACAAAGAUCUUCUACAUCAUUGGCACCAACACAGGACUUAAUAUUACUCUCACAGCUGCUCACUUGAUCUUUGUCACAGUCUGCACUGGUGGGCUGAGUGAGUCAAAGUGGGAGAAGACACUCAAAGAGCCACUUUUGGGCUCCAUACGGGAGGGCAGGCCUAGCUGGGAAGCAGGUCUGAGGACAGUUUUUGCCAGUGAGGUUCAGCCAGGACAGUGCGUACUUACGUCACAAGGGAAAACAGGGUCACGGGCAACACUUUCAGUUGUGACCUUUGUAGAAGAACAGAGGAGCACCGGGCUGUAUGCCCCACUAACACAGCAUGGCUCCAUAGUGGUGAAUGGUGUGCUGGCAUCCUGCUAUGCUGCUGUGGACAAUCACCAUUUGGCCCACUGGGUCCUGGCCCCACUGAGGUUCUUCUACAGCCUGAUGGGACCCUCAGAACCGCAGACCGACGGCCUGCACUGGUACCCUUGGCUUCUACAGAGGCUGGGGCAAAUGCUGUUGGACGCUGGACACUUCCACCCCUGGGGGAUUGAGCAAGGACAUAGGCAGGAGCCACAGAGACUUGUUUCACACUGAUGACUUCAUUCACCUACCUGUAUUCAGGAGCACCAAAGCACAGAUUGAGGGACCACCAAAGACAAUUGAUUUUAUACUGAAGAUUUGUUUUUACCUUACUUGCCUGCGUUUGCUGUACUUCAACAAACUCCUUUUUGUAGCACAUGUAAAAUUGUGCAAAAGACAAACAGAAGACACUGGGAGCAUUAGUUUUAUACUUUUGGUAAUUUCAAUUGUAUUCCUUCCAGAAGAUUUAGAGGAUUAGAAAGACAACCAAAGACAUUUUUCUGUCAGUGUUUGACAGGAUAUUAAACUUAAAUGACAACAGAAAUAUUUACAUAAGUAUCUCCCAUGUUCAAUUUAAGAGUUGAACGUCUAUGUCAAUAUUUGCAGUUCCACUCAGAGCACCUCAGAGAUAAAAAAAACAAACAGGGACUGUGGUCCGAAAUAUCUUUCAUUUAAAAAACAAAAAAAGUAGGAAGUAAGACAACCACAUUUCAUCAUUCUUUGUACUGUAUUUACUGUAAUCUGUCAACAUUUGUGCAGCCUGAGAUCACGCUGGGGCUUACUGAUAUAGUUAGAGGAAAUUUAAACAUGUGACUAAACUUGGUGUGAUUUGAAGCUCGAUAUGUACAAAGGUAUUUAUACAGUUAAGUAAUGUUAAUAAGAAAAGAAAGAUAACAAAGCAGUAGCAAUUUGUUAGUGUUGCAUUAUAGCUUCACAUCUGAAAAGGGCUUUGGAAUGAUGAUGGACACUGUGUUUAUACUUAAGUACUGAUGCAAAACAGCUGCAUGGGGUUAUAACAGCCACGCUGUCAAUCUGUUUAUUCAAGUACGUCAUCUGCUUUCAGUCAACUUGAUUGUCUCAGACUGAUUCAUAUGGUUCAUAUAUACUGUACAUCUUCAUGUUUUUAUCAGUUACUUUAUUUAAAAGGUGUGUUUUUUUGUAUUUUGCAUUGUUUCAGGUUUUCAAUUUUCAGGUCAGUAGUAUCUAGUUAAGGUAUACACACAUCUAUGUAUACACAACACUCAGGCUGUAUUCAACUACUGUAUUAAGCACCAGCUAUGCAUCAUAUUAAAUAACAGAUAGAAAAUCUCUUUAUCUUGAAUAGAAAGUUACUUGAUAGCUCUCCUUUGCAUGGUCUUUUUUAUAUUUCAUCUAUCAUCCAAGACUUAAGACCUAGAUUCGCAGAGGUACAGACAUUUUCGUUUUUAACACUAUGGGAAGCAGUUGUGAUAGGUGGCUGAAUGAAUAUGGAUAAACGUGUAGUUGAUAUUGCCCAAAGUGUUCUUCCAGUCGUCACUGUAGACUCAAACUUCGCAAGUAUCGAGAAACUCCAAGGCGUUAUUCUAUAUGCCUUCUUAAAGAUUUGUCACAUAUGUAUAUUAAGCUAUUGUUGGAGAGACUAUCUAAAGAUCUAUUUUUAGAAAAUAAUGUAAACUAUUGUUAUUUUCGUCAACUAUGUGCAUACAAUUUGUAUUUGAAACAUAAAGUUGUUGUUUUUAAA